CCGUCACAGAGAACAACCCCCCGGUUACUGUCCGACCACCUCCUCACUCUUCUCUUUUCCUUGCCGACCAGGUGGAGGAGCAUCACCAAGUGCCGGAAGGAAUUGUUCGGGACGGUGUUUUACCCUGAUCCCGGGGAUCGCUGCUGCAUCGGGCGCAGGAGGGAGCCAUGGUGUGCAUUCCCUGCAUCGUGAUCCCCGUUCUGCUCUGGGUCUACAAGAAGUUUGUGGAGCCCUACCUCUACCCGGUGAUUGCCCCCUUCAUCAAGCGCCUCUGGCCCAAAAGGGCUGUGCAGGAGGCAUCAGACACCAAGCAGGGGCCAGGAGGCAGCGCUGGGGGUGCUCAGGGACCUGCGGCCGCCAAAAGAGACCAGGAGGAUGCAUCUGGAAGCCAUAAAGCUGAAAGCAAUGGCAUUGCAAAUGGAAGUGCUGUAAAGAGAUCCACAGCCGUUCUUGACAAGAAAACGGCUUAAAUGAGUUAAUUCCUAAGGAUUUUAUUCCCUCAUGUCCAGUAUGAACUGCUGAUAUUCCUCUCACUUUGAGACCUUUUUCUUUGCACAUUUUAGCUGAAUAAAAAACUUUAUUGCUUGCAGGAGAGAUUCUCUUUUGCCACUAAAAUGGCAGCUGGCUCAUUUGUUUAUUUAAAAUAUUUGAAAGCUGAAGUUUUUGUAUUUUUCUCGCUGAAACUACUUCUCACCUGCCAUCUGUUUGGUGUGAUUAGAGUUUAGGUUAAAUAAUGUAAAAAUAAAUCUAUCUAUGGAAGGUAAAUGUAUCUUAGCAUCUUGAUGUCACUAAGUGCUAGUGCAAUACUUGAGGCUUUCACGGUAAAGGCUUUAUCUGUUCUUGGUGAAGAACUGUGGACUGCAUUGUGACAACAAAAGCUCAUCAUUUGUCUAUGAAGAAUUUAAAUUUUUCAUGUCAAAUCUGUGGAUGGGCUAAAGGAGUUAUGCUACAUACAAAAUUUAAUUAGCUUACUAAAAGCAGAAAGUCGUGAUGUGAUACUUCCCUUAAUUAUUUUCCUUGAAAUAUUAUGCCUUUUUUUUUCCUGAAGAGGAGCAGCAAAGGCAUGAUGCAAGAGAAUGUUGCUUUAUGUUCUGUUGUAGUGAUUUAAAAUGGUGCAGUUCUGGCUUUAAAAAAAAAACCCAUGUCCAACUAAAACCUCUUUACCAUGCUUGUGGAAUUUUCCUUAUAAUAAACCCAGAUUUUACAAAGAUAA